AUGCUUGACUAUGAUAACAAUGGCAGUGAUAAAUACAUUGAUAAACACGGGAUUUUUGAGAUCAAAGUUAAAGAGCUUAACAAUGAAGUCUACUCGUACAUUUCAAUCUUUACUAUCAUGUUUGCUCCACGCUGUGUUGUUAACGAGGGUCAGAUUGUAUUGAUUGGAUUUAUCUAUCAUGUCUUGAAAACCCAUCGCAAAGGGGAUACAAAGAUUUGUGGUAUCCCAGGACUGCCAUAUAGUCACAACCUAUCAAUAAAUAGUAUCAGUCGUUUCUCAAUGCGUCUCUUCAAUGAUUGGCACGCAAGCUGCUUGAAUUUUCGAAGAGCAUGGUUGCUCCAUCAUUUUGUUUAUGAACUUCGUUAUUUGAUAUUAGCAGUGAAUAUCGUCUCGUUUAAACCCUCUGGUGGUAUUACAUAUCUCUUCGGUGCUACAUACCUGGCAAACAACAACUUGUCCUACAGCAAGAGGCUAAACCCCAAAAAUCUCAUUCUUGCUGGUUUGAUAGCUCGACCAAAAAAGCCUAAAUCCAGCGCAAUUAACAGUCAUAGCAACCCUUUUGCUGAUGGCUUGUAG